AUGUAUGGCAAGGAGAGCGUGCCGGUGGCAGGACAAGUUGCUGUGAUGAGCGCGGCCUUGGUGGGAACCGGCAGCUCGACGCUCCUCCUGAACCUCUGUGUCAGUCCCUACGUGUUUCGAAUGGCUGAGAUAUACGAGGGGGGAGUCGCCCAGGGAGAAGACGGUGACGUUCGCAAGAAACCAAGAAACAAGAAGAACCGGUACGGCAUGCCGAAGCUGUCGGGCCGGCGAUUUCGUGUGGAGCGGAUGAACAUCUUCGGGGUGCGAAGAACCACCGAGUUUUCGAUAGAUGAGGUGGAGCCCAUGCCCAACACAUCGAGACCAUUUGUGUCCUUCAAGGCCGCCGGCAGCUACUACUUUAUCCAGGGGCACGACAUGGCCGACAAGGUGCUCCUUCAGACCCUGCUGGGACGAGAGCUCAAGGACCACGAGAAGCGGACGCCAAAUAGUGCGACGUAGCAUGUUGUUUCACUUUCGAGGAGCAAAUAGAUUAUUCGCGGAUGUCUUGAUUGCACGAGUGGAGUUUACCCCUUUGGUUGUGCGUGUUCCCACAUGAAGCCACAGAGCUAUUUUUUUGUCUGGCCUUUUUGAGCGGCUCAUGCCACGU